CAGAGGGUCGCUGGGAGGAUGUGAAGCCCCUAGCCCCUCAGCCUGGGUGAGACUCCAGCAAGGAAACCCCCUGAAGGAUUUGAUUUCUUCUAGCAAGCAUCCUCCGUGAUAACAGCAGGGCUUGUCAGCUCUCCUCCGCUGUCUCUCCGGUUGCACGUCACGGCAGGGAGGUUUGCAGGCAGCUGGGCAGGGACGUUGGAUCGGGUCGGGGACAGACAGAAGCCAUGCUGGCCACAGAGGUGGCUGCAACGGCAGCGGGGAGCUGGGCUUAGAAGGCUCUGAGCGUCGGGAGCGGAGCCCCGUGCACAGGCACCAGCACCAUGUUCAGCCGGUCAGGAUACCAGGCCCUUCCCUUGGGAGACUUUGACCGCUUCCAGCAGUCCAGCAUUGGGCUCUACGGCGCCCAGAAGGGCUGCUUCUCCUUCGGAUCCAAGCAAGACCCUCUGGGGCCAGCCAGGAAUACCGCAGACUCCUCCCAGGGUUGUCUGUCCUGGAUCUGCCAUGGGAUUAUCACCUCCUUGGUCUUCUUGCUGAUGGUUGUCACCUUCCCCAUCUCGGGAUGGUUUGCCUUGAAGAUCGUGCCCACCUACGAGCGAAUGAUCAUCUUCCGCCUGGGCCGCAUCCGGCCACCGCAGGGACCCGGCGUGGUCCUGCUGCUGCCCUUCAUCGAUCACUGGCAGCGAGUGGAUCUGAGGACAAGGGCCUUCAAUGUGCCCCCCUGCAAGCUGACCUCCAAGGAUGGGGCGGUCAUCUCCAUGGGCGCCGACAUCCAAUUCCGGGUGUGGGACCCUGUGUUGUCCGUCAUGAUGGUGAAGGACCUCAUCGCGGCCACCCGGAUGACGGCGCAGAAUGCGAUGACCAAGACCUUGGUGAAGAAGAGCCUCCGUGAGAUCCAGGUGGAGAAGCUGAGGAUUGGGGAGCAGCUGCUGCUGGAGAUUAACGACAUGACCAAGUCCUGGGGCCUGGAGGUGGACCGGGUGGAGCUGAGCAUGGAGGCUGUGCUGCAGCCACCCCGGGAGAAACUGGUGGGCCCUUUGGCCACCGUGCCACCCGUGCCCGGGCUGGAGGGGCUGGAUGGCACCAUUCAGCAGCUGGCUGCCCAUUUCUUCAACAACACCCUGGCUCUGGCGGGCAGCGGGACCGGCGCUCCGGAGGCAGCAGACAGCAUGGAGACGGUGAACGAGGUGGAGCCUCCCACCGCUCCCCUCCUCACCACCACCGGCAGCACCCGGAGGAAGCCCAGCGCGGACGAGCUGCUCUCGGCAGUGGAGCCUGUCCUCUCCGAGGCCCUGGUCAGCCAGGUGGGAGCAUCCUACCUCAACAUCGCCCUGCCCAGCGGCGCCCGGAGCACCUACUUCAUAGACCUCUCCUCAGGCAGCGGGCGGGUUGGCUGCGGCGUGCCUGAGGAGCCCGAUGUCAUUCUGGAGGUGGCAGAGAAAGACCUGCAGGACCUCUUCUUGGGUGACCUGCGCCCCUUGAGUGCCUACAUGAGCGGGAGGCUGCAGGUGAAAGGCGACCUGCACCUCGCCCUGAAGCUGGAGGAGCUCGUCAAGGCGAUGAAGCAACGUAGAUAGAGCAUGCGUGUGGGUGCGUGUCUGUGUGCAUGUGUCUUUGUAGGUGUGCGAAG